GAUAAAUUCCCAAUCUCACACUUCCUAGAUAAAAUGAAUUGGUUCAUCAACCGUACCAAGACGACUUCAUCAUUCGAACUCAACCUCCAUGGAGGGCCUCCAAGCAAUCAUGUCAAAUCUCCCUAUUACCUCAUUUCCAUGUUUCAAUAUCUCCGCCUGGUCAAUCGUCCCUUGUGUUCUUGCUCUUCUGGCAUGGCUAAUCUGUCUUUCUUCCCUCCAUCUAUUAGACUCAGCCAAAGCCGCUCAGAUGUUUCCAAAGACCUCGGCGGCUGGUGGUGAAUUUCCCUCGAACGCACCAGAGGCAUGCUUCCCUCGAAUCAGAGCUCUCAAACAUGCGCAUGAGACGGCUGAGAAACUGAACACCUUGAUCGAAAAAGGGGCGGGGGUACCUGGCCGCCCCGUGCCUCACAUGGCGAUGCCUGGCCAGCCGCCCUGCAGGCCUAUCAUGAUAUCUACCUCACCAUGGCACCGCUCCUACCAACCACGGAGGUUCUUUGCGACGAUAAAGCUAACGCGGACCGCAUCAACGCUUUCAGAACCAGGAUGAAGACGCUUCUGCGUGAGCGAAUCAACCUCGCUGCGGUUGAGAAUAUUCUCGGCUCCGGCAAAGACAACGUCUCAGCAGACGCAUGGAAUGGGUUCUUCAGCUGCAUUGCAAUUUCUAGACAUGCCUAUAGGUGGGCCACCAUUCCAGUUGUAAAGGCUGCCCAACUAGACAAGCUUAUCUCCUUCCCCACCGAACUGGACAUCCCCUGGAACCACCUCCAGAAGCGAUACGAUGUGGUAUCUGCUGGUGGAAAUGUCACAUCGAAUUACUUCUGCAAUUUCACGACGGACGGGUCCCUCGUAUACCCAAUCAACCACGGGAUGUCCGAUCUCAUUAAGACGGCAGAGUAUAACUUCGGGCAUAUUUUCCCCACGAUGGAAAAAUUGGCACUUCCAAUAUACGAGCACAUUGUGGCUGCCACCAUCGCCUUUACCUCUUCUAACAUCCCCACCACACUCAACCACCUACGUGCUAUUAACGUCCACCUCCGCUUUCCCCUCAAAAUCUAUUACGACACCCUCACAGACGCUAAAAUAUCCCGCAGUGUUUGGAUGACCUAUGUGCAAGGUUUUCAAGGCUGGGGAACCGGCCACCACACCGCCAAUGGCGAAUACAUCGAAUACGACGGUCUAUCGGGGAACCAGCUCCUGCUGCCCAUGAUCAUAGAUGCUUUCACCGGGAUACCGCUGUACUUGACAAAGGAGAACAUGGAGCGAUAUAUCCCUGUGCAGCAGCGGGAGUUCGUGGAUUCUGUGCGGAAGCAUAGUUUUCGCGAGGUGGCGAGGGAGAGAGGGUUGAUGGACGUUGAGGGGGAGAUGUUGAGGAUUGUUAAGCAAAUGCGGGUGUUUCGGGCGACUCAUCGGUCCAGAGCUAAGCCAUAUUUGAGCCUGCCUGCUCCUGAGAGGUUUAUCAUGACUGCGGGCAAAUCAGUGCUGGAGAGCAGUACCAUCCAGAAUCUUAGGGCGGCUUUUCACUUCCUAGAUACUUUUAUGGUGAAGAGGUUGAAACAGACCGUCUAACGUGUAUUGCCAGAUCUUAAAGAGUACAUAUGAGAGAAUCAGCAUAGUAUAACGC